AUUUUUUUUUUAACUCAAUUCAACUUGAAAUGCGAAAAAAAGAAAAAGAAAAUAAUAAUAAUAAAAUUCUCACCUUAUCCUAAAUCCAAAGACCCCCAAUUUGAAGGGUUUUAUACAAGCCCCCCAAAACACUGCCUCUCUGGCCCAAAACCCUAAACCCUUUCUCUAGGGUUUCUCUGUUCAUCUCCUCCAUUUUCUGAGCAUCAAUGGAAAAACCACUAACUCCAUCGGCCAUUCCCUCCUCUCAACCACCGCCACGAACACAGAAGCGAAAGCUCCCAACCCCAAAAGAGCUCAUCGCCCACUACGAAUCCCAGGGCAUGGAACCUCAAGAAGCCUCCCUCAAAGUCAUUGACGACCUCCAAACCGCCCUCUUCCGAGUCAUCUCCUCCGGCCGAGGCAAGAAGGACCGGUUCACGAUGGACGCGUCUCGGAAGCUCGACACCGCCAACGCCCGCCUCGCCAUUCUCGAGAUGAAGCUCGAUUCCAAGCCUGGAUACCCCCAAACCCUAGCCCUAGGGGUCGCUUCCGCCGGAAUCGCCUCCGCGUUGCCUCACGUGUUUGGGGCUUUCUCUCAGAUUUGGAGUUCUGUUAGGAGUGCCAGUAAGUGAUUUUUUUUAUUGUCAAUUUUCUGUUUGGGAGGUGGGAGAGAGGAGUUUUGGUGACAGUGGAUGUGGCGAGGGUUUAUGGGCUCUGUUUGCUUUCUGAGAAAAAUGCAGGAAAAUGGAAGAUGUCAUUUGGGUAUUUACUGUAAUCCUAUUUUAAAAAAAAAAAUCAGAAAGAAUAAACCAAGCUGAUUUGGAGUUCUGUUA